CAGGUGUCAAGUCGACCAGCUGAUUAAGCGAACUUGUCGUUAUAUUAAAUUUUUAUGUAAUUUUGAUUAAUUAUCAAUUUCAUUCAAGAUGCUGAGGAAAGUGGCGAUAGGGACUGCCGGAGUGGUCGCUCUUAUACCAACGGUUAGCGCCGCGACUCCUGUUCAAGAAAAAGCUGGAGAACCAUUGAAACCACCACCGAUGAGACCCUCUGACCUUCCGAUAUAUGAGGCACCACACGCCGAAUACGGAGAAUAUGUUCGGUCAUUAUCUGACUCAAAUAAGAGCAGCUACGUAAGAUCAGUGCUACAACCACCAGUUCAAGCUGUGCGAGAGACAGCAGAAAUUGGUAUUGCACACACCGAAUCACUUAUGCAUACAGUGCAAGAUAAUUACCAUGAAUUCAGGGACAGAACUGAUUGGAUUGUCAAGUAUUUAAGAGAGGAAGAUAACAAAGACAUACGCUAUGGGGCUGUGGUAAUGGGUGGCUUAACAGGAUUUAUAUUUGGACUUCGAGGAGGUAUUAUUAGAAGGGUAUUUUAUGCGGGUAUUGGUACAACAGCAAUGGGAGCAAUCUGUUUCCCUGAAGAGACAAAGGAAUUGGCCAAGAGUAACAAAGCCUUAGCCAAACAAUACAUCAAUAUUGCUUACAACUUCCUUUAUGGUGUGAAACCAGGAGACCCACAGCUGGAAGUGAAAUUCCCUGACUUGUCGUUGCCCAAGAAUUUCUCUGAAUUCAUUGAUUUGACAGUUUCAUUAGCUGUGUCGGCAAAACAGGCUGUUAUGCCCCCUCCUUCGAAGGAUGCAGCUGAUGACAAAUCAUCAGAAAGUAAAGAAUAGAUUUUCGUGAAAGUAAUGUAGAUAAUCAAAGUGUUUAAUAAAUUGGGAAGAAUCAGAACAAUGUGCUGUCCACAACACUACUUAUUAUUUAUUUCUGUGUAAAAUAUGAAAUACAAAGUUGUUCAAAAUGCUUUUUGUAAUUUUACAAUUCAGUUUUAAUGAGCAUUAAUAAAAUUACGAAUACGAUUUAGGCGAAAAUC